AUGUCUCUUAUCAAUUCAGAAAAUAAAACUGAUGAUACAAGUAAUAAUAAUGAUGUAUGUGAUAAUAACAAGACUAAAUCCGUUGAGAAUGUACUUAAUACUAAGCUAAAAAAUCGUCUCCGGAAUUACAUAAAAAAACUCGACGAAACAAACACAAUAACAACUAAGGAGGAAAGUGAAAACAUUGAAAUUGAAACAUUCAAACAACUUUAUAAACCAAAACUUGAAGGAAAUCAGGAAUCUUAUAAAAGGAUACCUAAAUUCUAUUUCAAACUUCCGAGGUCAGAUGAAGUUUUAGCACAGAAGUUAAGGGAAGAGACGAGAGCCCAGUUUUUACAGAAGAAAAGCAAAGAACUGUUGGACAAUAGUGAACUAAAGCAUUUAUGGAGUUUAUUGGAGAAAUCAAAUGGAAACUAUAGCUCAUCAAGUAAUGAUGAACUAACAAUUGAUUAUAUGCAAUUUAAGAAGAUUAGAGAUGAAGCAGGCCCUAAAUAUAGACCAUAUUUCACAGCUGAAGUAUUCGGACGCCUGCAAGCAGCUGAAGGUGGUGUUGGCAAAGUUCGUGGUGUAUCCCUCUUUAACUAUGUUAUGCGACGUGUAUGGCUACAGCAAACUAGAAUUGGUCUAUCAUUGUAUGACGUUACUGGACAAGGCUAUCUCACAGAACACGAUUUGGAAAGCUACAUAGCAGAACUGGUACCAUCGUUAGCUGCCUUAGAUGGCUUAGAUUCCUCAUUUAGCUCUUUUUAUGUCUGUACAGCGGCUAGAAAGUUCUUAUUCUUCCUUGAUCCACUGAGAGUUGGACGUGUGAGGAUAAGAGAUGUUCUGUCAUGUUCAUUCUUAGAUGACUUAUUGGAGCUUCGUGAAGAAGAUCUUCCAAUGGAACUCCAAGAGCAGAAUUGGUUUAGUGCUGCCUCUGCGUUACGUGUUUAUGGACAGUAUCUGAACCUAGAUAGAGAUCAUAAUGGCAUGCUGAGUAUAAAUGAACUUGCUGGUUAUGGCUCGGGUACACUAACCCGCGCUUUCCUUCAACGAGUAUUCCAACAAUGUCUAACAUACGACGGUGAAAUGGACUACAAAACGUAUUUAGAUCUCGUGCUGGCAUUGGAGAACAGAAAGCAGCCGGCCGCACUUGCUUACCUGUUUAGAGUGCUUGAUAUAAACUCGCAAGGAUACCUCGAUGCAUUCACUUUGAAUUAUUUCUUUAAGGCGAUACAAGAGCAAAUGGUGGCUCACGGCGCAGAACCGGUCAAUUUCGACGAUGUGAAAGACGAAAUCUUUGACAUGAUACGACCUGAACACCCUUCUAGAAUAACUCUACAGGAUUUGAUACGAAGCGGUCACGGCCAUACUGCGGUGUCUAUAUUGCUAGAGCUGCAUGGAUUCUGGGCUUAUGAGAAUAGAGAGGCUUUAGCCGCCGCGGGGGACCAUAGCAGUUGA